GCGGGGUGGCGCACAGUCCGGCGCACAGCGCACCGAAGCCACCUACCCUGCGCGCACCGUCCUUCCUCCUCUGCUCCGACAAACAUGGGUGUCGAGAAGGAAAAGCUGGAGACCAGCAUAAUAAUGGACGAAGAUGAGUUUAACAGAUCCAUAGAGCCUAUUCUGUCGAAAAAGGGUGAGGUGUAUCCAACAGCGCCGGACAGGGAUCCAAAUGAGAUCAACAGGCAUCUGAAGGUGAGUUUUGAGGAUGUGAUCGGAGAGCCAGUUUCCACCCACAGUUUCGACAAAGUUUGGAUAGGAAGCCACGCCACCUUCGAGCUGGUCAAGUUCUUCUUCUACCGCCUGCUCUCCACUCUGCUGGCUGUGCCCAUGGCUUUUAUACUCGGGCUCAUUUUUGGAGUGCUCAGCUGCGUCCAUAUCUGGUUGGUGAUGCCAGUGAUCCAGAGUUGUAUGAUGCUACUACCCUCAGCGCAGAAAAUAUGGCAGAGCCUGACGGACAUUUUCAUAACACCGCUGUUCCACAGCUUUGGAAAAUGUUUCUCCUCCAUUCAGGUUCAAAUAUUAGAAAACUGACGUAGUCACCUCUGUGCACCAAGGAAGAAAAUACCUUCUUUUGGAGAGAGUGGAGUUUUUGGAAAUAUAAAAAAAAACUUAAACUUAAGCUCUUAUAAAGUAAAAUGUAAAGUACAGAAAAAAGUUUUUUUUAAAAUGCAUGGGAAAAAAGAAGAGGAAGAAAGAUAUAUCGAUAUUUGGCCUGUUUGUGGCUUUUACUACCUAAUUAUCCUUUGCAUUUAUUUGGUUUUAUUUUGGUUUAUGAAAACUGUUUUUGCCAUUUUCUCUGAAGUAGAAAAGUCUUGCUGCAUAGCUAGUAAAAUAUCUAUUGGCACAAGAUUGUAUGAUAGUCAGAUUCCACAAUAAAAUGAAGACUGUUGAAUUAAGUGCUAUCUAGGUGCUGUUAUCAGGACACUGUCUGGUGAAGU